AUGUUCAGAGUGAUAGCCAACACAACCGUGGUCGUGGAAAAUGGCAUAGACGUGGUUGUCGAGACUGAAACUCGUUUGGUCGAGGCCAAGGAAACUCAUAUGGUCGUGGCUCCUAUGGAGGCCGUGGACAUGGCCGAGGCCGUGGGUAUAGCCAGUCUCAUAGAGGGCUAUGGCCAGGCUAACAUCCUGUUGCCUAAGGCACUAGUAUGUUGGAACAAUAGGGUUUUCACGCCCAACGAUACCUACGACGCAAACCGCCGUCUCAUCCUCUCUUAUCUCCCUUCCAACGUCACGGCUCAAAAUGGUCUCAACUACAACAGCUCCAUCGGACAAGAACCGAACCGUAUUUACGCAACAGGGAUGUGCAUACCAGGAUCAGAUCUAGUUGAGUGCUCUGAAUGUAUCAGAACCACUUCUGAUGCUUUGAUUCAAAGAUGUCAAAACCGAACAGAAGCGUAUGCAUGGCCACAUGAUCCCACGCUUUGCUAUGUGCGCUACUCCAACACUUCUUUCUUAGGAUCUUUAGAUCUUAAUCCGCGUGCUAAUCUCACCAACGGUGCAAAUGUAACCUCAGAUCUGACAGAGUUCAGGAAGAUAUGGGAAGACUUAGCUGUUCGUAUGAUUGAUGCAGCAUCCACAUCCAACAGCACACCAUCCUCUAGUGAUAACUAUUACACAGCUAAUACCGCAGCCUUGAAUCCUUUCCAGGAAAUCUAUGCAUUGAUGCAAUGCACGCCGGAUCUUUCCUCUAGUGAUUGUAAGACUUGCCUCCGAGAGAGCGUACGUCACUACAGGGACCGGCGAUGCUGUAAUACGAGGCAAGGGACCCGUGUCUGGCGGCCAAGCUGUUAUUUCCGGAUGGAGAUGUAUACGUUCUCUAAGGCUUCUUUUGUUAAUUUUUCGUCGGCUUCUCCUCCUCCUCAUGCAGAUGAUCAGGGCAGCAAGAUCAACAAUGGUAAGUUUUCUAAUUGA